GAGGCGGACUCCUUCUUCUUCCUCCAAUAUAGCGGCGCGGCGGCAGGAUAUUUAGAAAAAUAAAAUUUAAAAAAAAAUCCACGGAGGACCCCCCCCCCCCCUCCCGGGGCGGAGCGGCAGAGGGAAAAAACACACACACGGAUGUGCCUCCGAAAGCGCAGCGGAUACCGCCCUCCGGACCUUAUUAAUGCCAAGAUUGAGAGGUCCGAGGCAGAACGGGGGAUGACAUGCAUGUGUCCGGCCCGCUAACAUCGCUGACGACUCACACACUAACCAACUGCCCGUCCUCGCGACAUGGCAGACAUACUGUACACGGGUCCCAUCCCGGCCGAGCGAGGGGGCGAGCUGGCCAUGGGGGGAGGUCGCAGCGAGACCUCAGCACUGAGCGGGACGGGAGGCGGGCGGGGCAUGACCACUACCCACAAUUCCCAACGGCCCAAUGCCUGCUGCUUCUGCUGGUGCUGUUGUUGUAGCUGCUCAUGUCUCAUCGUCAGGAACGAAGAGGAGCGACGGCGGCGGAGGAGGAGGAGGAGAAUAUCACAAGACACCAAGAUGGAAACCAUACCAAACUGUGAAGCUUGCACCAAACCCUCGGCGGAAGAGAUCCGUCUGUGGUCUCAGUCUUUUGACAAGCUGAUGAGGAACCCAGCGGGGCGGAACGUUUUCCGGGAGUUCCUGCGGACGGAGUACAGCGAGGAGAACAUGCUGUUCUGGCUGGCCUGCGAAGACCUCAAACAGGAAACCAACAAGAGCGCCGUGGAGGAGAAGGCGCGCUCCAUCUACGAGGACUACAUCUCUAUAUUGUCGCCAAAGGAGGUGAGUCUGGAUGCCCGGGUUCGAGAGGUGAUCAACAGGAAGAUCCAGGACCCGACGCCUCACGUGUUUGAAGACGCCCAGCUACAGAUCUACACGCUGAUGCACAGGGACUCGUACCCACGAUUCCUCUCCUCCAGCAUCUACAAGUCGCUCAUUCACGGCGGCUCACGUACCUCCUCCGAGUCCUAGUCCCGCACCAUCUUCUGAUGGACCCAUGCCAGACCAUUUUCAUUGCUUCUUUACCACUCUCCACAAAAUGAUCAGAUGAUUCCUUCCUCCUCGCUCCGUCACUGCCACAACCUUCUUCUUAUUUCUUGUUUUCCCUUUAACUUUCAGUAUUGUUGCCAAGACUUCCUCUCUUGACUCAUUUUCUUCUUUACUCCUACUAUUGUCUCUUUGUUCUCAUUAAAUCUUCUUUUUGGUGCUUUUUCCUUUC